GCUUACAGAACAUACAGCUAUAAAUUGGCACUUCAGAGUCUUUCAAGCAGUUAAAAGGAGAAACGUUACCUGGAGAAUGAAAAAAUAAAACUUUACUCUGCACAACCGUAUGAUUGAAACCACAGUCCAGCCCUCCUCAGCUGUUGGACAUGCUUGUGUCCUCCUGCCCCGUUCACCUGAUGUCGCAGUAAUACAGAUGGAUCGUAGUAAAGAGGCGGAAAUGGAAUUACGACGAUCCUCCAGCCCAAGCAAGCUGAGCAAGAGCGACAUGGAUGCUGACAAGACCAUGUGCCACAGCUGCUGCAUCUGUGGUAAAAGUUUCCCUUUUCAGAGCUCCUUAUCUCAGCACAUGAGAAAGCACACGGGCGAGAAGCCCUACAAAUGCCCUUACUGUGAUCACAGAGCUUCCCAAAAGGGCAACCUGAAGAUACACAUUCGCAGUCACAGAACAGGCACUUUAAGUCAGGGACACGAGGUGGAGAUGGGAGAGGUGCAGCUCGGGGAGGUGGGAGUUGCGGAGGGCCUUGGUGGGUGCACCAGCCCCACUAAAAGUACCUCUGCCUGCAAUAAGAUCCUGAACGGUACCGCUCAGGUAGAUAAUGGCAAGAUCUUGUUGAGAAGCAGCAAGAAGGAGGCCACAGAGGCAGCGCCUGCUGAAGAGGAUGGCAAGCUAACCUCUCACCAGUGUACCUUCUGCAAAAACAAAUUUGAAAGAAAGAAGGACCUUGAGCAGCACCUGCAUCAGGUCCACAAACCAUUCAAGUGUAGGUUGUGUAGCUACAUGACCUUGAGGGAGGAGACACUGUUAAACCACAUAGAGAAGGACCAUAUAACAGCUCAGGUCCCGAACGGGGAGGCGUAUACAGAGAACUGCAAGAGUGAAUUGAGUGCAGGCGAGUUUCCUUGUGAAGUCUGUGGUCAAGCCUUUAGUCAAACCUGGUUUCUGAAAGCUCACAUGAAAAAGCAUAGGGGGUCAUUUGAUCAUGGGUGCCACAUUUGUGGCAGAAGAUUCAAAGAGCCCUGGUUUCUCAAAAACCACAUGAAGUCACAUGGCCCAAAGACUGGGAGCAAAAACAAACCAAAAAAUGAUUUAGAGCUCAUAGCCACUAUUAAUGAUGUGAUACAGGAGGAAACGAUUGUGACUGGCCUUUCUCUGUAUGAAGUUUGCACCAAGUGUGGAAACCUGUUUACAAAUAUGGAAAGCCUGAAAGCACAUAAUGCUGUUCACUACAGAGCUCAACGGAGCAGCACCGGGGAAAAAGCUGAGGGCUUACUUGACGGGAGCCUAAACCCCUCUGUAACGAAGCAGUUUUUCUUACAGUGUCUGAAUCUAAGACCAUCUGUAGGGAUAGACAGAGUUUCAAGAGGACAGCCUGGGAAAAGAGUAGCCGAGCUGGAUCCAGUCAGUAGCUACCAAGCUUGGCAGCUGGCCACCAAAGGAAAAGUUGCAGAGCCAUCUGAGUAUGUAAAAUAUGUGGGAUGGGAUGAGGCUCUGGCGGAUGCAGAUGUGACUUAUGACAAGGAUAAAAGAGAGUAUAUUCUUGUCAACCAGGAGAAGCGCAAGCGAGAUCAGGAUUCACCUAGCUCUUCCAGCAACCCCAAGAAGAAGAGCUGCGCCAGUGGGCGCCUGGAGAAAAACAGCAGCACACAGCUGGGGGAGAGCUGCCUCGUCGCGCAGAAUGACUUGGACUACCGGCCCUCCUCACGGCAGAGCCGACGGGCGUCCCAGAACAAGUCCACCGAGUGCUUUGAGUGUGGCAAGAUCUUCCGCACUUACCACCAAAUGGUGCUGCACUCCCGGGUGCACCGCAAGGAGCGGAGGAGCUGCAGCGAGAGCGGGACGGCCGUGCAGCCUGACCGCUACGGGUUCCGCAGCGAGGAGGCGCACGGGCUCUCGGCAACCUCUGGCUUGGGUGAGGAGGGGGCCGAGGAGAGCUCGGAGGAGGGAGGAGCUGAGCCCUCCUUAGAUGAAAAGCCAUACAAUUGCAAUUUUUCUAAAGAGGAGACACCUAUGGCAACAUCUCAGGUGGAUGAACUUCCAAAGCUCGGAAGCCACAAUGCCAGAGAAAAGGAGGCCAAUGAGUCUAAAACAGAGAUACCAGCGUUGGUGUCUGCACUGGGGAACAUGAUCAAGGAGCCCUUUUCAAAAUACCAAGAUCUGAGAGGUCCUGCAGAUGUAAAGAUGCCAGCGUUUCACCACAGCCAAGGGCUUGCUUGCUCCAGUCACAUUGCUAACUUCGCUUCAGGUGUGGGCCAAACAUCUUCAAACAAGGCCAUGGGCUUGAAAACAUCACUUGAAAUGCAGGCUGGUCGCUCUAAAGAAAAUUUGCCAGACUUACGCAGGGAGCUUCCUCUGAUAGAAAAAGGUGCUGAAGCUCAAGAGGUAGUUCCACUCGAUUUGAGUGAAAAAUCAACAAGGGAUAAUUCAUGCAAUAAGAAUGGGAGUACAUCCUUGCAGGCUGCUUUAAUUGUCUACCCAUGUCCUUUCUGCAGUCACAAGACCUACUACCCUGAAGUCCUGUGGAUGCAUAAAAGAAUUUUGCACAAAGUCAGCUGUAACGCCAUGGUUCCCCCUUGGGUUCAACAGAAUGGAUUCAAGAGUAUUAAAAACAACUUGGUUUUUCUGGCAAGGAGUGGACGUACUGGCCCCCCUCCUGUUCUCGGUGGUAAAGAAUGCCAGCCUUUGCCCGUUGCCAGAUUUACGCGCACUCAAGUGCCAAGUGCUUUGCCAGGAUCCAAAACCAGCUCCCUUCCUGUUGGGAUGACUGCUAAGUCUGGGAGUGUGCAUCAGUCCAAGGACAGUCACACAUUUGGCCACUGUGGACCACGUGUAUCAGGUCUUGAUGGGUACAGGCAGCCCAAAUUAAACCAUUCCCAGGAGCAAUACAGCAUAGCAGCACAACAGCCUCCCCUGAAAAAUAAGUAUGAAGCAAAUUCCAAACUUAUGCAAAUGGGAGCCUUUAGCAGAAGUGUAACGCCUACUCAGACAGUCAUAUCCAGGCCUAGUGCACAGCCUACCAGCAGUAAGCAAAUGGAGAAGUAUGUGGUUCCCCAAGGGAGUACCAGUUUUGCCCCCUCAGGUAAGCACUGUGCAUCCGAUUCCAUGAAGGCCAAAUUCAACCCACCACCACAGUAUCAUCCUCUGUGCAAAAGCGAGCAGUACACUAAACAUGAAGAGCCAUCGGUGCCUCAGAGGGAGUCUCACAUAAAGGCUGGGAAUGAGCUGAGGACAUUGGCAAACUGCACAGCAAUGGCACGAGCAAGUCCACUAAUGCAGCCCCAGCCUAGUGCAGCAGGAGUGUCUCCAGCUUUACACUCCAGCAAACAGGAUCCGGGAUCAGAUGGGCAUGAAAAACGUUUGGACAUUUUAAAUAUCUUUAAAACGUACAUUCCAAAGGACCUUGCUUCGCUGUACCAAACCUGCGGUGCCAACAGCCCUGUUCUGGAUCACGCAGCUACAGGGAUGCUUAGGACACAAACACGCCAAGGAGACUGUGUCUGCAGAGAAUGUGGAAAAUGCUUUAACCAGCCCAGUCACCUCAGGACUCAUCAGAGGUCCCACACAGUGGUAUUUGAGUCUAAUGGACUCCGAGGUACUGAAGUUCACACCACCUCCGCAGAUGCCCCAAAACAAGGGAGAGACCAUUGCAGCGCGGACGUUGUCCAUACGGUGCCUCUGAGGAAGGGGACCUAAGGCCCCCGGUGGAGCGAGAGCAGGAGCAGGAGUGGCGGCGGGCCCCUGCCGGGGG